AUGGCGCGUUCGUGGCUUGAUAUCGACCCUUCUAGCGACUUCUCGCUGGCCAACAUCCCCUUUGGCAUCAUCAGCACCCCCGACGACUCGUCGCCCCAUGUCGGCAUAGCCAUUGGCACCUACGUCCUGGACCUCAAAGUGUUGGCUCUUCAGAUCGGGCCAGAAAACCUAUUGCCGUCUGGUGGGGCAUCCAGCCUAGCAGUCUUUGCACAACCUACACUCAAUGCCUUCGCGCAGCUUGGAAGAUCCGUCCAUCGCCAUGUCCGAGAAAGAAUCCAGGAUCUCCUAUCAGAAGACACAACUCGCCCGGACCUCCUGAAGAACAAUGCCGAACUGCGAGAAAGGGCCCUUGUGCCUCAACAAAGCGUCCAAAUGCACCUUCCGAUGGUCAUUGGCGAUUAUACCGACUUUUACGCCGGUUAUCACCAUGCCUACGCCGUAGGUGUCAUGUUCCGCGGUCCGGAAAACGCUCUGCAACCAAACUACACUCACUUUCCGGUUGGAUACCAUGGGAGAGCCUCCAGUAUCGUCGUGUCAGGCACACCAGUGCGUCGCCCCGUCGGCCAGAUCCUACAGGACCCCAAAGCAGAUCCCAAGCGGCCGACUGUGGCACCCACCCAAAGGCUAGACAUUGAACUUGAACUGGGCUGCUUCAUCAGCAAGUCAAACCCCCUGGGCCAGCCAGUUGGUAUUGACGAGGCGGAAGAGCACGUCUUUGGCUACGUCCUCUUGAACGAUUGGAGCGCGAGGGACAUUCAAGCGUGGGAGUACGUCCCGCUGGGCCCGUUCAAUGGCAAAAACUUUGCCACGACAAUCAGCCCCUGGGUGGUGCUUGCGGAUGCGCUAGAGCCGUUUAGGACCAAGGGAAUCGAGAAUCCGACUCCGGUGCAGGAAUAUCUCAAGGAGAAGAGGGAGGCCACCGUCUAUGAUAUCCAUCUGGAGGUGGACCUAACAACUCCAGAAGGCAACACAAGCACGGUCGCCAAGACGAGCGGAAAGAACCUCAUGUGGUCGUUCCCGCAAAUGAUUGCCCACCAUACACUGGGAGGAUGCCCGCUGCGACCGGGCGACCUUUUGGGGUCGGGAACCAUCAGUGGACCGGUUCCAGAACAGAGUGGUAGUCUGCUUGAGUUGAGUGAGGGCGGCAAGCGGGAGUUCCAGCUCAAUGGCGGCAAUGAAACUCGCAUGUUCCUGAAGGACGGAGAUACUGUCACCCUACGUGGUUUUUGUGUGGGAAAGGCGGGCGGAAGGGUCGGGUUUGGCGAGUGUACGGGACGAGUGCAAGGCUAA